UGCAGGGGCCAGGCUGCUGGCGGCAGGCGCGUGCUUCCAGCGGCAGAGGUGGGAGGAAGCAUGCAGACUUGAGCCGGCCUGGCGAGCUGUCUGUGCUCGGUGCUACUUGUUUGCGCAAGGACAGUUUCAGGAAGGGAAUAGACUACAGAAUUUUGCAAAAGGGCCACCUAAGUUUUCUUCUGAGCAAAGACAGCAUCUAUCAAGGUCCUCCAGAAGUGUGCUCGCCGUCCCGCUGCGGUGGUGGGCGCUCCGAAGUGAAGGAUGGGGAAGCGGAAAUGCAUCUGCGAUCUGUGCUCCUGCGGGCGGCACCACUGUCCACAUCUUCCUACGAAGAUUUAUGACAAAACAGAGAAAUCAUGUCUUCUCUCCGAGUACACCGAGAAUUAUCCUAUCUAUGAGUCUUACCUGCCCAGAGAUUCCUUUAAGCCCAAGAGGGUGUACAAGAAAGGAGCCAUACCGAUGGAGGGCCUGACCACAGCCAGGAGAGAUUUUGGGCUUCACAAAAUGGUACCAGUGAAGUUCCAUCAGCCUGACCCAUACAUCCCAAGUGAAGAGACUAUGGAUUUGCUCACCACAUACAAGCAAGAUUUUAACUACCUCCCUGUCUGUCAAGUUGGCCUCAUCAAACCUCGGGACACUAAAUUUCCAAACGACAAGAUACAGUAUCUGCCUACUUACAAAGCUGAUUAUUUACCUUGGAACCAACCCAAACGGGAGCUUCUUCGUCCACCACACAAGUUCCGGCCAGAGUCGGCCAAGUUUGAAAACAGAACCACACAUCAGGAUGACUAUACCAUGAAAGGCCUUGUGAUUACUGAAAGCUGCAAGCCUCCAGCUAAACCAAAGCUCUAUAACAUCCCUUUGGAGGAUCUGACCAACUACAAGAUGAGCUAUGUGCCCCACCCUGUGGAGAAACGCUAUGUCAAAGAGCCUGUGAAAUUUAUUCCCUGCGACAUCCCCUUCGAGAACCUGACCACCCACAAAGAGUCCUAUCGAGGCCUCCUGGGGGAGCCUGCCAAGAGCACGAAACCUCCAGCCAGGUGCCCUGUGCAAGAUGUACCUUUCUCAACCUCCACCGAGUUCCAAGAUAAGUUCCAAGCUUGGCCAACACCCCAGAUACCCGCCAAAGCUCCCGUUGCCUAUGUCCCUCCCGAGGAGAAGAUGGAUCUUCUGACGACUAUGCAGACCCAUUACAGGUACCUUAAGGGUAGCCCUGCUCACGCUUGCCGGCCUGUGCCUUCCGUGAAGAAGAGCGGCUGCUUUGAAAGCUCCACCACCACCAAGGACGACUACAAGCAGUGGGCAGCUGCCCUCACAAAGCCGGUCAAACCCGUGCCCCAUCUGACCCUGCCUGCCGAGCCUUUGGACUGCCAGACUACCACUAAGAUCUGCUAUGUGCCCCACCCACCUAUCACUACUAAAAACUACAAGCCCCCCUGGCUUGGCCUACGGAGAAACAUCCCUGUGGAGGGUCAAACUACCUACUCCAUUAGCUUUACUCCCAAGGAGAUGGGCAGGUGCCCGGCAUCGUACACUGAGCCCCCUGGCUACAUCUUUGAGGAGGUGGACGCUAUGGGGCAUAGGAUAUAUAGGUCCCUCUCUCAGACAGGCUCUAGGCAGGGCAGCUGUCUUUCUAUAAACGACGCGGAAAAGGCUGGCCAGAAGGAACUGGAAAUGUCAGCCUGACUUUGAAAAAUUAUCUAAGAAUUCCACAGUCCCUCAAAAAUUAUCCAUUGAAGCAUUUUCCAGAGCAACAACAAACAAAAAUUAAAACACCUUACCUCAUAAUGAGAAACUGUUCUUAACCACCUGCAGGAUAUCUGAAUAGCAUGAGAGUCACUUGAAUAAAGGAAAGUGAUGGGCACUCAUUGGCUGAUUGACCCCCGUAGCCCUCCCUCUGCUUUCCUCUCUAACCCCUUCAGGUCCCUUUUGUUCACGGAAUCAAAGAUGACCUCAGUGACGUUUCUGUGAUCUUGAUCUCAUUUAAUUAUCGUGUGACUUGAUUUUAAGCUUUGCCAAGUUUGAAGUGCCAAAGAAUAAAUGCUAUUUUGGGACAUUGAA